GAGCUGAAGGGCCAUAGGGCUUGAAGAGGAAGAGAACAUCCCACAGGGCAGGCUCGUUCCCCCACCACCCAUGUGCAGGGGAUCCUGAGGUUAAGUCUCCAAGCAAAGCCUGGGUGGCCGCAGUGCCAUACAUCACACACGGUUCUGCUCUUGGGGCUGCUGCCUCUCCUGACUCCUAAAUCUGGUAAGGGUGGCUCUCCCGCCCAUGUCUCACCGCAUGCUCUGCUCUGCUCUUCUUUCAGGUGCUUUGGAGUAGAGCCCAGUGGAUGCACAUGAUGUUUUGAGGCACCAUGUUAGUCACUGCAUAUGUGGCCUUUGCUGUCCUGCUGGCAGUCUGCAUCGGUUUGGAGUUCUCCGCCUGCCGUGCCAAGCUCACUGGCAGUGCCUGUACCAACCCUGCCUUCCUGCGGUUCCAACUGGACUACUACCAAGUGUAUUUCCUGGCUCUGGCUGCUGACUGGCUACAGGGCCCCUAUCUCUAUAAACUCUACCAACAUUAUCACUUCCUGGAGGGUCAGAUUGCCAUAAUUUAUGUCUGCGGCUUUGCCUCCAGUGUGCUUUUCGGAUUGGUCUCCACCUCUUUGGUCGACUGGCUGGGCCGCAAGAAAUCCUGCAUCCUCUUCUCCUUGACCUACUCAGUCUGCUGUCUCACCAAGCUCUCUUGGGAUUACUUUGUGCUGGUAGUGGGGAGGAUAUUAGGGGGGUUGUCCACAGCCCUGUUGUUCUCUGCCUUUGAGGCGUGGUACGUGCAUGAGCACGUGGAACGGCAUGACUUCCCAGCAGAGUGGAUCCCGGCCACUUUCUCGAGGGCAGCCUUCUGGAACAAUGUCAUCGCGAUUGGAGCAGGGGUGACAGCCAACUUCUUUGCUGAGUGGCUGGGCUUGGGCCCCGUGGCCCCAUUCAUGGUCUCAAUCCCCUUCCUUAUGCUGACCGGCAUCUUUGCCAUGAAGAACUGGGAUGAGAACCAUGGCAAGAAGCGGGCGCUGUCCAAGACUUGCGUUGAUGGUUUGAAGUGUCUCCUGUCUGACCGGCGUGUCCUGCUCUUGGGCACUAUCCAGGCCUUGUUUGAAAGUGUCAUCUACAUCUUCAUCUUCCUCUGGACGCCCGUCCUCGAUCCCCACAACCCACCUCUGGGCAUUGUCUUCUCCAGCUUCAUGGCUGCCAGCAUGAUGGGGUCGUCACUGUACCGUAUUGCCACUUCCAAGAGGUACCACCUCCAGCCCAUGCACAUCCUUUCUCUCUCCGUCUUGAUGGUAUUCUUUUCCCUCUUCAUGCUCACUUUCUCCACCAACCCUGGCCAGGAGAACCCUUCUGAGUCCUUCUUGGCCUUCUUGCUCAUAGAACUCUCCUGUGGGUUGUAUUUCCCUGCCAUGGGCUUCCUCAGGCAGAAAGUGAUCCCGGAGAAGGACCAGGUAGGUGUGAUGAACUGGUUCCGCAUCCCCCUGAACCUACUGGCUUGCCUGGGUAUGCUUAUUCUUCAUGACAGUGACUACAAGACGGGCACCAGGAACAUGUUUACCAUAUGCUCUGUGAUGAUGGUGAUGGCAUUGCUGGCCGUUGUUAGCCUCUUCACUGUGGUCCGGAACAAUGCAGAACUCAAGAUGCCUAGCCUGCAGGGGCAGAAUGAGCUGUCUUCCCCGGAGCUGUGAUCAUGUGCCCAGCAAGGCUAACUCCCCUUGGUACAGUCUCCCAACAGCUUAACACUUAAGAGCACCAUGACUCUGGGCUUGAGGGGAGGACUCGAAGGGAGAGAGACUCUGGAAAAGAAAGAUGCACUGAGGACUCUCCUCUCCGUAGUGGGGCUGGGCCGGUACAUUCUGGCCUUUACUUGGAAAAACUUUUUCAGACAAAACUUGUACAAAUCACAAACAGCCUGGUGAGACCCCUAUCAAGCAUCGUUUGUUCCAUGCCUGCUUCCCUAAACUUCCUAACCCGGUCCUUCAAAUAUUGGGAACUCCCCUCUUCGUGUCUCUUUAUCCUCUGUUCUGUAGCUACCAAGUUUGGAGGCUGCGGGAAGAUCCCAGGUGGUAGGAGCACAGGUCAUGGCUCUAUGGCUCCUAACUUUAGUUGUGGGGAGUAAAGAGACUUUCUUUACACAUUGGAGGUACUGACCCCAGUUACUGCAUGAGCCAAACCCCACACCCUCUACUCUAUUAUUUUUAAUAAAAGAGGAACAAAACUUUCCUUGGAGGAA